GUUUAAUAAAGGCAGAUACCUUUUUUAUUAUAAGGAUUAAUCAACAAAUCAAUAAUACACAUUCAUCUUCAUCUUCUCAACUCCACACUGUGUUUUAUAGUUCUGUACUGUGCUAGCUUCGCUGCUCGCAUUGCAAACCCGAGGCCCGAACCCGAUCGGAGGAGAUGGAGUGCAUAUACAAGGACCCAAAUGCCCACGUUGAAACCCGGGUUAAAGACCUCCUCUAUCGGAUGACUCUCCUCGAGAAGAUCGGCCAGAUGACCCAGAUCGAGCGCAGCGUGGCCACGCCCUCCGCCAUUAGAGACCGCUUUAUAGAUUGGGCGGACAUGAUCGACAGCUUUCAGAAAGGGGCGCUCGAGACCCGACUCGGUAUUCCUAUCAUUUAUGGAACUGACGCAGUCCAUGGGAACAACAAUGUCUAUGGCGCCACCAUUUUCCCGCAUAACGUUGGCCUCGGUGCCACUAGAGAUGCUGAUUUGGUGAAAAAGAUUGGGGAGGUAACAGCUCUUGAAGUCAGAGCAAGCGGAGCGCAGUAUGCAUUUGCUCCAUGUGUUGCUGUUAGUAGAGACCCCAGAUGGGGAAGAUCCUACGAAAGUUACAGUGAAGACACUGAAAUUGUUAGAAAGAUGACCUGCCUUGUUUCAGGCUUGCAGGGAGUGCCACCUGACGGUCACCCCAAAGGCUACCCUUUUCUAGCUGGAAGGAAAAAUGUUCUUGCAUCUGCCAAGCAUUUUGUCGGAGAUGGUGGUACUGAAAGCGGUAUAAACGAGGGGAAUACAAUAACUUCAUAUGAGGAUUUGGAGAGAACCCACUUGGCACCAUAUCUUGAUUGUCUUUCUCAGGGAGUUUGCACUGUAAUGGCAUCGUACUCGAGUUGGAACGGGAGCAAAUUGCACACUGACUAUUUUCUUCUUACUGAAGUUUUGAAAAAUAAGCUGGGAUUCAAGGGUUUUCUGAUUUCAGACUGGGAGGCAUUGGACCGACUUUAUGAACCCCAUGGUUCAAAUUAUCGUCAGAGCAUUUUGUUAACCAUAAAUGCAGGAAUUGAUAUGGUAAUGGUUCCUUUUAGAUAUGAAUUAUUCCUAGACGAAUUUCUGUCCCUUGUUGAGGCAGGGGAGAUAUCAAUGGCCAGGAUUGAUGAUGCCGUUGAGAGGAUUCUGAGAGUCAAGUUCAUUUCUGGAGUUUUCGAGCAUCCAUUUGCUGAUAGAUCUUUGCUGGAUGUGGUUGGUUGUAAGCCACACAGGGAACUGGCCCGUGAAGCCGUUCGCACGACUAUCCUGGAUGCCGUAAAACAAGUGGUGGAUGAGAAAACUGAAGUAAUAUACGAAGAAAACCCUUCUCCCGAGACUCUCUCUCGUCAGGACAUCUCAUUCGCUAUCGUGGCAGUUGGUGAGGGCCCGUACGUCGAGUCAGGUGGUGACGACCCAAAUCUGAAGAUCAACUUCAACGGAUCUGAGCUGGCAGCUUCGAUUGCCGACAAAUUUCCCACAUUGCUAAUUCUGAUUUCCGGGAGGCCUUUGGUCGUGGAGCCAGCGCUCUUGGAGAAAAUCGAGGCGCUGGUUGCUGCAUGGUUGCCCGGCACAGAAGGCCAGGGAAUAACAGACGUUAUAUUUGGGGACUAUGGAUUCGGAGGAAAGCUCCCGAUGACAUGGUUUAGAAGUGUGGAUCAGCUCCCGGUACACGCGGGACAAAACUCGGCAGACCCUCUGUUUCCUUUUGGGUUUGGGCUGAAGUAUUGAGAGAGAGAUUUGGGGAAAAGCUUUUUUGUGUUGUUGUGGAUUUUUUUUUUUAAUUUUUUUUUUAUUGUUGGGACUCUUGUAUAUGAGGCCAUGUUAUUAGUUAUUGCUUGAGUUGUGUGGUGAAGAUGGAGAUGUGUAUGGCAUAUCUUGUGCAUAAGCUCCAUUUGAGUGGUGUACUAUGUAAUUUGUGUGUUUAUGGUGUGUUGUAAGCAGUUUACUUGAAAGUUGAAACUCAUCCUUGGUUGAACAGUUGUAUUGAGUAUAUUUCUUCCGACAAAAAGGUUAGAGCUGUUAAAUUAAACGGGCCGUUCGUGAGCUGAGUUGAGCUAAACUCCGCG